AUGGGGUCGGUACAGCGACAACCAAAUGGCAGCGCACGGGGCACUCGCCCUGUCCGUAUCGCCAACUGCUCUGGAGGUCAAAUGGAACCCGGCUGGCAGAUGCGGAAGCAAGCUACCGGCGGCCCCGUCGACUUCAUCACCGGAGACUGGCUUGCUGAGAACAACAUGGCACAGGAGGCUGCUGCAAUGGAUGCUGGCACCGGACAAGGCUUUAAGAAGAAUUCUUGGGAGGGCCUGCAGCUCAGCAUGGAUGUUAUCGCACAGAAAGGCAUCAAAGUGAUCAUCAACGGCGGCGGUCUCGGUCCGCAGAAUCUUGCACGCAAAUGUCAGGAGCUCAUUACUGCCAACGACUACGAGUUGAACGUCGCAUAUGUAUCCGGCGACAACAUUACGGGUCGUGUACGGUCUUCGUUGAGGAAGACUGGGAAGCUUCCCGACAGUUUCCAGGAUGGCAGCGGCAAGAACCAUCGAGACGCGAAGUUCACUGCCGACGAAGUCUUGGCCAGCACUGCUUAUCUCGGUGCCAGAGCCAUUGUCGAAGCCUUGAAGAACGGUGCAGACAUCAUCAUUUGCGGCCGAGUUGCUGACGCGGCUCCAAUCAUUGGCGCUGCGUGGUGGUGGUUUGGCUGGAAGGAUACAGACUACGACCGGCUUGCAGGAGCUUUCCUUGCUGGACACAUUAUCGAAUGUUCGGCGUACGCUUCGGGGUCGAACUUCUCCGGUUUCAACCGGUUUCCUUUGGAGACGUUUGUCGAUUCUGGCUUUCCUAUCGCCGAAGUCAACGAAGAUGGCUCAUGUGUCAUUACCAAGCAUCCAGGUACAGGCGGCAUGGUCACCGAGGAGACCAUCAAAUGCCAACUGCUGUACGAGAUCCAAGGCAACGUGUAUCUCAAUAGCGAUGUGACCGCCAUACUGGACCAUGUGCAGAUCAAGCAAGAAGGGAAGGAUCGUGUCCGGUUCUCCGGCAUUAAAGGUCGUCCGCCGCCACCAACGACUAAGCUGGCAGUCUUCUUCAAGGGCGGCUACGAGUCGCAGAAUCUAGCCAACUUCGCUGGCUACUCCACGCGCCGGAAGCACAAGCUGUACGAGACACAGAUCAGGAAGCGUCUGGCAGAGCAGGGAUUGACGAAACAAUUCGACAUUCUGGAGUUCCAGAUGAUUGGAGAUCCAAGACCAGACCCGAGGAGAAUGUUUGAGAGCACGACAUACAGUCGAAUCUUCGCACAAGCUAAGAAGCCGGAGCCAUUGUCGGCAUUGAAGCUGAUACUGGCUGACGAUACUCAACAGAAGCCUUCGGGCUUGCACUGGGCUCAAGAUAUGAGGACAGCGGAUCCAAAGACGUUCUACGUCUACUAUCCAUGCAUAAUGCCACAGGACGAAAUCAUCGAAGCUGCUCAUUUGCUCGACCGCAACGGCCAUACCAAGCAAACAAUCUACGUCAGCCGCCCCCCGAAGUACGAGCCGUUCGGAGAGCGUGAGUCUUAUGAUUCUCCCAAUCCGAAAGCGAUGGAGUCCUUUGGAGAAACCGUUCGCAUGCCGCUCGGGAAUAUCGUGAUCGGAAGAUCUGGUGACAAAGGCCCCAACGUCAACAUGGGGCUUUUCACCGAUCGACCGGAGAUCUGGGAAUGGUUUAGGAGCUUCCUGACUUUGGACAGAAUGAAGAGUCUGGUUGGAAAGGAUUGGAAGGACGAGUAUCGCAUUGAGCGAGUCGAGUUCCCAACCAUCUACGCCAUUCACUUCGUCAUCUACGGGAUUCUUGGCCGGGGCGUGAGCAGUUCGACGUUGCUAGACAACAGGGGCAAGGGCUUCACCGAUUAUAUUCGUGCUAAGCAUGUUGAUGUACCCAAGCAGUUUUUGCAGUGGUGCUGGGAGGAGGAUGAUUUCGAAGACGAAUGA